CAAACUGCAACUGAACAUACUGAACGAAAACUAAAAAUCCUGCGUCCUUUAACGAAUCGCGCGACUGGCUCACGCUCAAGACUGGCUGCAGUGUUCCUGUUUGAGAAAUAUGGCAAUGCAGAUUUGAUAUUCUGCUCAACUGAUUAAUUAUCUUAGACCUAAAUUAACUUUUUGAAACAAAACAUGUUUGGUGUGAAAGCAUUUGAGCUUAUCCGGGAUCUCACCCUGACUGGUCCUGAGGCAUUGCCGCUUUAUAAUAGUGAAACUGUGAGACAAGUUUUGGAAGAGAUGAGAGUACUUUAUGAAAGGAACCAAAGAGAUGUGAAUAAUUCAGUGAAUGAAGACUCGAGCUACCUGGGAACAGUCCAUUUAAGGCACGCUGCCUUGGAAAGAAACAAAAGGUGCCUUUUGGCUUAUUUAGUGAAUAGACUCCAGAGGAUCAGGGACCUUCGAUGGGAUUUUGGGAGUGUUCUGCCAGGAGAUGUCGCAGGCUCUCUUUGUGAACAGGAGGUACAGUGGCUGCAGAACUACAACCGACAUCUAGCAACCUACAUGAGAGGACUAGAUGGCUUGGACCUGACUCAAGAGCACUGUCCACCAAAGUCACUGUGUUUAGAAGUGCGCUGUCUGCAAGAUUACGGGCUUUUUGAACUUGAAGAUGGUGAACAAGUGCUAUUAAAAAAAGACUCAAUCCAUUUGUUACCUCGAUCUGAGUGCCUUAUGUUGAUACGUCAAGGUGUCCUUGAGCACAUUCCUCACUGACCAAGUCUACAAAACGAGGGAUUGCGCCAAUUGAUAUCAAACCGAACACACCGAACCAAGAAAUGAAAUAUUCUUUUUGAAAUUAGUUGUCUUUUAAAUAAACUAUUUUCAUAAUUUAAUCUUGCAAUGAUAACAAA